UAAAAAAAAUCUGGUCGGACAUUGUAACACUUUGGUGGGCACCUAAUCACCCAAUAAGAAUGUUGGCGUUUUUUCACCGUUAUCCAGCUGAAUUUUGCUUUGCUUCUGUUAAUUUUUUACCCAUUCAUAAUUGAAAUGUUUAACUAUCUAUCAUCUGCCUCUGUACUAGAGGACAGUCUGGAUGUGACACCGUGCACGAGACCUGAGAGUAAGAAGAUAUUAUCACCUGGGAGAGGCAACCACAACCUCACCGACAGGACAGCUGAAAUGAAGGACUCCAUGCUCUACCAGGGACUGGCCCUGCUGGGCUUCCUGACUCUGUCCCAUCUGGUCCUCACACAGUCCUGCAAGCUGCUAAAGGGGUUCAGAGUCCACGUCCUUUCUCGAUGGUGGAGGAAGGACCUCAAGAAGUACGGGGGGUGGGCAGUGAUAACGGGAGCUACAGACGGCAUCGGAAAAGCCUACGCAGAAGAGCUAGCCAGGAGGGGCUUCAAUGUGGUCCUCAUCAGCCGGACACUGGAAAAGCUUGAGAAAGUGUCGAGAGAGAUCGAGCGUCAGACUCAGCAAAAGACCCGAAUCAUCCAGGCUGAUUUUACGAAAGGACUGGAGAUCUACUCCAACAUUGAGGAGUGUUUGAAGGACCUGGACAUUGGAGUGCUGGUGAAUAAUGUCGGGAUAACAUUUGCCCGCAAAUCAACACCAUUUCUCGGCACCCCCGAUUUAGGCAAGAAACUGAGUGACAUCGUUAACUGCAACAUGCUAUCGGUACUCCAGAUGACCAGAAUUGUGCUUCCAGGAAUGUUUUUAAGGAAGAAAGGUCUGAUAAUAAACCUGUCUUCUGAGGCUGGAGCUCGUCCAUAUCCAUAUAAGACUGUGUACAGCUGUACCAAGGGUUUUGUUGAUUACUUCUCCCGUGCUCUGAAUGCAGAAUGUCAGCGUAAAGGAGUGACGGUACAGUGUGUGAUGCCGUUGCUGGUCUCCACCAACUUGACAGAGAACAUGAAGACUGGCAUCUUUGUGAAGACCGCAGAGGAUUUUGCCAGGGAAGCGCUGAACACGGUCGGGCUGACCAAUAGGACGAGUGGCUGUCUCUCCCACUCCAUCCAGAGUUACCUUCUUGACAAAAUUCUACCUGAUGCCCUUCUCAGCUCCAGCCUCCUGCCACCACCUGAUGAGGACUGGGAAAACAAACUGGGAGAAACCACCAAACCAAAGAACCAGUAGCAGUUUGCAAUUUUAUUAUCUGUUAAAAAAAA